AUGGAAGAAGACUCGUCAGAUGGAUUUUCCCUUGCUCCUAAAGAAAUUAGACCCUAUAAUUUUGAGCCUUUAUUAAAUCAAACUCAAGACAGCAAUAGAAGUAAAUCUGAAGAUUCAGAGGGAGGUGAUUUGAAGGAGGAAAAUGCAGUAGGGGUAAUUGGAACCCGCAGGGAGAAUUUAGCAUGGUGUGACUGUGAAAGGUGCCAAGUAAUGGAAACAAAUGAAGAAUGUUUAUGCUGCCAUGAAAUUGCACCCAUUUUGGAAAAAGUAGAAGUAAAGGAGUUAAAGUGUAUCACAGAACAUGAUGGGUUUCAGGGAAAUUGCCUCAAUAUUGACGCCCUGGAAGUCUCCAUGUAUGAGUUUGUAGACACCGAUGGGCCCCUUGAUGACAACGAGCCAAUACAUGAAUUAUAUAGAUACUUGGCCUACAGAAGAUUCACUCGUUGGAUCUGGCAUAUCCUAGGGAAAAAGAGACGAAAAAUUAUCCCAGCUUGUGUGGUAUCCAAAAUCAGACAGACAUUUCCAUCUGAGUCGUAUGCUGGUUUCAAAUAUCCACAUUUAUGAAAAUAAUGAUAUGAUGUCCACCUAUCAAUCUUUUUUUGAUGCACAACACAUUUCCAUUUUGAAACACAACACAUUUUAAACUUUCACAUUCCCACCAAAUUUAUCUGUUGUAUCUAGAUGUUCUUCUGUUAAUCAGUUCAUUUUUGUCAAAGUCUUCAUACUCAUGAGUCAGUGGACGUGGUUCUUCAGCUUUAUGACCAAACACAAAAUCAUCUUAGGCAAAUUUUAAGGAAGGAUAGUGUCUUCUUCUAACAAAAAUCUUUUCCAGCAAUUU